GUAUGUUUAUACUAUACGUACUGGCCUGGGAUGACGACCGUCAUAUUCAGUUCACACACACUUUAUCAAACGCUAAAAUGACAGUUCAUUCAGAAAUUAGGUAUCCUCGGGCCAAUCAUCCCUUCACAUGUCAUGAAUGCCAAACAUCUGACACUGGGUUACCCAAAGUCAAACUUUGAAAGUAAAAAGAUGAAAGGAAGAGCGGAGCCUAGGGGGCGAGAGAUUAGAA